AUGGAGGAGGAUGAGGAAAUAUAUAUACAUGGAAAGUGGUCGAGCCCUGCUGCUGUGUUGUAUCGGGUUAGGACAAUCCUCUACGAUUGGUGUAAUGCACGAUACGUUGAUGACAGUUCUUCUGAUGCUGUGCCAGCUCUUCCACCGUUAUAUUUCUGGGUUCCACCGCUUCAAGGAUUCUUGAAAGCUAAUGUAGAUGCAGCAGUCUUCCCUGAUGGCUUCAUUGGAGUUGGUGGAGUGCUUCGCUCAUAUGAUGGCUCUUUUGUUGGCGCUUGUCAACAUAGACUCAUUGGUUACUUCUCUCCUAAAAUAGCUGAGCUAAUUGCCAUUAGAGAAGUUCUGAGUUGGAUUAAAAGGCUGGGUUAUGAUCAGAUAGUGUUGGAAUCAGAUACUCUUACGGUAGUGAAGGCUUUGCUUUCUUCUUCAACUUCUGAUUUUUCUAAUUUUGGGUCCCUUGUUGAUGAUUGUAAAUCUCUAAUAGCAGAGAUGAAUUCAGUAUCUGUGAGUUUUGUUCAUCGAUCUGCCAAUAGUGUGGCACAUCUUAUAGUUAGAGCUGCCUCUACUAUUUCAGACAGGAUGGAGUGGCUGAGCACUCCUCCACAAUUGAUUAUUCAUACUUUGAUGUUGGACUUUCAAAUUUGA